AUGACAUUCACAAAUCAUAGACAGCUCUUCCUCCUUCUCUUAUUAUCAAGCCUCAACAGCUGCGCUCUUUCGAUCUCCCUCUCGAAAUUGGAGCAAAUCAGUGGCGUUUCGACGGUCUGUUCCUCCGUUUGGAGCAAGGAUGUACCGGGAUGCAUAAGCGCGGAUUUCUCGUCGAACGGCGACGGAUGCUCAUCCUUCUGCUUUGCUGGUCUGGGUGUUAUUAGUUCGGAGGUGCAGGAGGCUUGCGCAGAUGCUCAGCAGAAUUUCGGGAGCAACACACUGUUGGGCAGGUUUCUUGAAGGACAGGGAGUAUCUACGGUUUGCUCGGGGAAGGCUGGGGAAUUGGGAUCCGGGGAUACCAGUACUAGAACCUCGACAACGAAAAGGCAUCAUCAGACUACGGCUACGACUACGGCGGCAGAUUCAACGUCUCAGAUAGAUGAUACUACAGGGACAACUGCAAAGCCGGCGCCGGAUACAAACACACAUCCCGUGCAGGAGUCGACUACAACAACAGAAACUACACAGAUGACUGCGCAAACUACAUCUGAACCAAGUAGUCAAUCUAGCUCGCAAACAACCAGCGCACAGCCAGAGUCAUCCGCGACUGAUCAACUAUCGCAAUUGACAAUAACUGCCGCCGAUGCUACUUCGGGAACGUCGGCGACCAUAACAUCAGCUCCAAUCAGCAGUACUAAGACGGCGUCAAGUUCGACAACGACAUCAGAGCCUGGCACAGCCGGGUUUGGUGGAGUCGGGAAUGCAUAUGAUAUUCUCGGCGGACAGAGUGGUGCAGGUCGGGUGGGGAGACCUUUAAUAAAUGUUGUUGCUGCAAUGGGUUUCGCGAUAUCAGUGACGGCUAUAACAUAUUAG